GAUCAACCAAUUUGAAAAGUCUAUUCACACUGGAGAAUUGCAAAUUCGUGAACAUCAACAGUUUUGGAUAAUGUUGCAGAAUCACUUUGUUAAUCUGUCACAAAAAAGAAGUGAUCAGCUAAAUGAAAUUCAAGUAACACGAAAACAGCUAUCCAUUAUUAAACAAAAGUCACUUAAAAUUGACCAAGAUUUGGAAAUUUCUCAGGGAAAAGCUAAGGACUUACAGAUAUGCAUUAAAAAAUUUACUUCGAAAUUGGAACUACUUAAUGAGAAAAUAUAUAAAAAAAGAAUACAUCAUGAUUUUGAGGAGACACAGUUUCAACACGAGCAGGCUGAGUAUGCACAAAAGUUAAAGUUUGCGGAGUUUGGAAUAUUAAAGUUGGAAGAAACAAUUAAUGACCUUCAGAACGAAAUUGAACUUUACAAAGAUUUCGUCAUUGAUAGCCAUAGAAAAACUUUGUCGUGGGAAACAAAAUACAAAUUGCUUGAGGAAACUAUUCAUUGGUCGAAAAUAGAUAGAUCCGUAAAAAGUGAAAUUGGUCUUAUGAAAACUGAAAUACAUCGCAUGAAUAUAAGAUACGAACAACUUAAACGAGCGCAAGAAAGUCUUGUUUUGGAUCUAGAACAUUGCGUUAUGCACCGCGAACAAAUUUUUGUCAAUGCAUCAGUUAAAGAAUAUGUAAAAACUAAAUUUACGAACAUAAAAAAUUCUUCUCAAAUUCAAUUGAGACUUGACGAAGUUCAUAAUAGGACAAAACUUAUCAAGAAUGCAAUACAACUUUUAUCGGAAAAAAACUUGAUCGAUGAUAUAAAUAAAAUUGAACGAAUGAUUUAUAUGAUACGGAGAAUUCAAGCUGAUCUCAAUGAUAUCAUAAAGGAUGAUGCUAACAUCCUAGAUCGUAUUGAAGAAGGAGUUUUAUCCAAGCAUGCCAAUUUGGAGCAAAUAAUACGAAAACAAAUGAGAGCAAAAGCAUUUCGAAAGCUUAAUAUAUUAAAAUCACAGCAGAAAAUAGGUCGUGCAGAGGUGACAGUACAACUAAUUUCACAAAAACAAAGCGAGCUGAAUUUCACUCUCCAGAAAAUUGUCCAAACUCUUUUGGAAAACUUCCCUGACAAGAAAACAUUUUUUACGAAAGUACUUCACGUACUUAAGGAUUAGCAUUUUAAAAAUUAAAUAUUUAAACUUUACAGAGUGUAAAAUAAACUUUAAUAA